AUGUUUUUCUUUUCUUUCACACUGUGUGUAGAUAUGGCUGCUGCAAACUAUCUGCCAUCUGAAGAUCAGUUUCUGUGCUCCAUCUGUCUGGAAGUGUUCACUGAUCCUGUCUCUACAUCAUGUGGACACAACUUCUGCAAAAACUGCAUCACUGAACACUGGAAUACUAAUGACCAGUACCUGUGUCCGAUGUGUAACAAGGAUUUCAACACAAAACCUGAACUGCACGUCAACACUUUCAUCUCAGAGGUGGUCUCUCAGUUCAGACAGUCAGCUCAACAGAAAGCCAGCAGCAGCAGCUCAGAGCAACAAGUGUCCAAACCAGGAGAAGUUCCCUGUGACGUCUGCACUGGAACCAAAUUGAAGGCCCUGAAGUCCUGCCUGGUGUGUCUGGCCUCCUACUGUGAGACUCACCUGGAGCCUCAUCUGACCAUGUCAGGUCUGAAAAGACAUCAGCUGAUCGACCCUGUGGAGAACCUGGAAAGCAGGAUGUGCAGGAAGCACGAUAAACCUCUGGAGCUGUUCUGUAAGACCGACCAGACAUGUGUCUGCAUGCUCUGCACUGUUUUAGAUCACAAGACACAUGAUGUUGUUCCUCUGAAAGAAGGUUAUGAAGAAAAGAAGGCAGAGCUGGGGAAGACAGAGGCUGAAAUUCAGCAGAUGAUCCAGAAGAAACGACUGAAGAUUCAGGAGAUCAAACACUCAGUCGACCUCAGUGAGGAAGAUGCAGGCAGAGAGAUAGCAGAAGGUGUUCGUGUCUUCACUUCUCUGAAGGAGUCUGUUGAGAGAGGCCUGAAUGAGCUCAUCAACACGAUCAAAGAGAAGCAGAAAACAACAGAAAAACAGGCCGAAGCUUUCAUCAAAGAGCUGGAACAGGAAAUCUCUGAGCUGAUGAAGAGAAGCACUGAGGUGGAGCAGCUCUCACGCUCUGAAGACCACCUCCAUCUUCUCCAGAGUGUCCAGUCCCUAAACAUCAACCACCCUACACCCACCAAGGACUGGACAGAGGUCAGCAUCCGUCCAUCAUAUGAGGGGACUGUGGUGAAAGCUGUGGCUCAGCUGGAGGAGACGCUUAGUAAAGAGAUGAAGAAGCUGCUUGAAGCUGAGCUGAAGAGGGUGCAGCAGUAUGCAGUGGAUGUGACUCUUGAUCCUGAUACAGCAUUUCCCUAUCUCAUCCUGUCUGAUGAUGGGAAACAAGUGAAUGAUAGUGAUGUAUGGAAGAAUCUCCCAGACAACCCAGAGAGAUUUUCUGAUUUUGUUUGUGUUUUAGGAAAGCAGAAUUUCUCUUCAGGCAGAUUUUACUUUGAGGUUCAAGUUAAAGAAAACACUGAAUGGGAUUUAGGAGUGGCCAGAGAGUCAGUCAACAGGAAGGGAGAAAUCACACUGCGCCCUGAGAAUGGUUACUGGACUAUAGUGUUGAGAAAUGGAAAUGAGUACGAAGCUCUUGCUAACCCUUCAGUCCUUCUCUCUCUGAAGUCUCAGCCUCAGAAGGUGGGGGUGUUUGUGGAUUAUGAGGAGGGUCUGGUCUCCUUUUAUGACGUAGAUACUGCAGCUCUUAUCUACUCCUUUACUGGCUGCUCCUUCACUGAGAAACUCUUCCCAUACUUUGGUCCCUGUAGUAAUGACGAUGGUGAAAACUCUGCUCCUCUGAUCAUCUCUCCUGUCAGAGUAAACUAAUCACUUAACAUUGAUUUAUUUAUUUUCAUUCAGGGAAACAGAUGUUAAUAAUUAGUUUAGAUCUUAUUUUCCAUCUUUUUAAAGUAGUGAAUGAUUUACACUUCAUUGUUAAGAUUUUUUUUAAUUACAUGUAUUCCAUUACAUAGUAAACAAAUUCAUUUAAUGCGCAUCUCUUCAACACUGCAUCAGAAUAUCUAUUUUUAAAAAACCUCUGUUAAAUCCACAGACAUUAAUUUUAACUUCCAGAAGAAAUCAGUUUCAAAAGACAUCUUCAUUUAAGAGUAAGUCUGCAUUCACAAAAAAAUCCAGUGGGCCUGCGGCAAAGAUUUUGAGACAGACUCAACUUUUGGAGAAACCCAACCCUGUGUCAUGCUGCGGGGGCCAAACAUGUAACUGGAGAUCAGACUUGUCAGAGUGUUUUAAGGCGGUGUGAGAGUCCCGUACAGGAAACAGGAAACAUCACUGCCUGUAUUUCUGCCACAAGAAGGUUUUAAAAGACCAAGCACUGAACUGCCCAGGAGUUUGGGGAACAGCUGACUGUUUCCUCAGUCCCUCCGUCAGUCCCUCCGAAUGUUUCCUGCCCUCCGUCAGUCCCUCCGAAUUUUUCCUGCAACAACAAAGCACUCGCUAUAUCUCACUCAUCUCUUUUCUUUCUCUCUUUAUCCAGGAAGUAAAGCUGUCUUCAAGUUCAGUCGGAAAUGUUGAGAUCCAUAAACCAUCUAAUAGGAAACAUCAUUUACUGAGCAUUGUAGGAGGAGCCUGAGGCCUAAGAUGUUCAUUGCAGUGUGUGUGCAAUGUGAAAGUUGAACAACACACCUGUGUAAAUCAGAGGGAGGAAAAAAACAACAGAGCUGCAGUAAGAGGAGGAGCAACACUGGAAAGAGGAGAGCUUCAACAACAAGUCUCUGUUUCUCUCUGAAAGAAAACUGAAACUGACUUCAUCAGGUCUUUCUCAACAACACAGCAGAGUCUCUGCCAAACACUGAUAUGGCUGCUGCAAACUAUCUGCCAUCUGAAGAUCAGUUUCUGUGCUCCAUCUGUCUGGAUGUGUUCACUGAUCCUGUAGCCAUACCAUGUGGUCACAACUUCUGCAAAAACUGCAUCACUGAACACUGGAAUACUAAUGACCAGUACCUGUGUCCGAUGUGUAACAAGGUUUUCAACACAAAACCUGAGCUGCACGUCAACACUUUCAUCUCUGAGAUGGUUGCUCAGUUCAGACAGUCAGCUCAACAGAAAGCCAGCAGCAGCAGCUCAGAGCAACAAGUGUCCAAACCAGGAGAAGUUCCCUGUGACGUCUGCACUGGAACCAAACUGAAGGCCCUGAAGUCCUGCCUGGUGUGCCUGGCUUCCUACUGUGAGACUCACCUGGAGCCUCAUCUGACCAUGUCAGGCCUGAAAAGACAUCAGCUGAUCGACCCUGUGGAGAACCUGGAAGGCAGGAUGUGUACGAAGCACGAUAAACCUCUGGAGCUGUUCUGUAAGACCGACCAGACAUGUGUCUGCAUGCUCUGCACUGUUUUAGACCACAAGAUGCAUCAUGUUGUUCCUCUGAAAGAAGACUAUGAAGGAAAGAAGGCCGAGCUGGGGAAGACAGAGGCUGAAAUUCAGCAGAUGAUCCAGAAGAGUUGACUGAAGAUUCAGGAGAUCUGAAGACCACCUCC